AGGCGGGAAGCGGAAGGAGAGCACACUUAUCAUGUUUACAAAUUACGACAUCAGUAUGUUCUCAUUCACAGCGUUCAGAGGAGCGGUCACGUCACACACGCAGACACGCAUAUAUACAGUAUAUAUGUACCUCUUUUCCGCAGGAGAGUGUGUGUGUGUGGGUCAGACUCUUGGAUUUUCUCUCCUGUGUGUUAUGCAUUUCUUGGGUUAUUUAAGGUUUUCUGUAUGUUUUGGUUCUCCCUCUGUCACUCUUGGCCCAGUUGUGAAGGGUCUAUAGAGAGGGAGAGAGGCAGGUGGAGGGAAGAGAAUGUGAUAGGAUGCUGAUUGGGUUGUGGGGUCUUCCUCUCCUCCUCCUCCUCCUGUUGUUUCUUCUCCAGACAGCUCCUCCUCUCUGUGCUGCUAAUCACCAUGACAACUGGUCCGGAUUGCUGCUAAAGAUCCAACACAGAUCAAUAAAGAAAUAAUAAUUUAAAAAAGAAAAAAAAAAGAAUAGAAACAGAAAGUUUAAAAAAAAAAAUACAAAAAAACUUUUUAACCCUUCUGCUUAAGAGAAAAGGAUAAAGUAAGAACCACUGCAUCUCAAUGUAUUUAUUACUAUUUAACAAGAAAAAACAAACUGAAAGUAACCCUUUUUUCUGCUCUUUGUUUGGUUGCCUUCUUUCUGCAGGUGAGCUCUAAUUGGCUAUUGUAACAGUGACAGUAACCGGUGACGUGGGAAUGUCACUGGUCGUGGGGGCUGGGUGGUGGGGAGGGUUUGGGGCAAAAUAAAGUUGGAUAUAUAAUAAGAAUAAAGAGUAUACUUUUGCACACCAAAGUCAAACAAACAUCAGAUCUCCACUUUUUAUUCCUACUAACCUGAUCGGUGAGCCAACAUCUUCUCAGUUUGUACGCUCCUUGGACCGGAAGGAAUUGUAUUUUACCUGAAAUAAUAAAGGAAACAGUCAGGGUAGUUCACUUUUGAACACCCGGACAGGUAUCAUUAUAGGAGAAAAGAAUCAGACUCAGCGAAGGAUUGCCUGUUUCGAAGACUUUAUAAACAAGAUUUAUAUAUUAAGGGUACAAACAAUGUGAUCCAGCCAGGAGCUGUGAUCACGCAGAAGUACAACGAAAAUACACAAGUCAAGGGUCUAUAUGCUUGUUGAAAGGGCGUUGCUUACUCUGAAACGAUACCUUUUACGAAAACAUGAGUGAAAGUUAUUACUGCCCAACUCUGGUGAUUUUCCACAGAAAGACAUCCUGAGUUACAACCUUGGAAACUAGCUCUGGCUGGUACAAGAGGGAGUCAAAUCAGAUAAGGUAGUCAAAAGAAACCCAUUUUAAUAUUUUCAAAGAAAUGCAUGUGCAGCGCAAGAACAUAGAUGGAUACAGUCUUAUAAUCAGGGGUGAAAGUGGGCCAGAACGGUCAGGAACGCAGUUCCGGUAUAAGAUUCAGGGCCAGAACGCAGUUCCGGUAUAAGAUUCAGGGCCAGAAUGCUGUUCCGGUACACGGUGCUUUGAUUCCGAAAAUAUGACGGCAACUGUCAAAAUGCUAUGUAAAAAAAAAAAAAAAAGCUAAUCUUCCACACAUGCAUUUCAUCUUAAAGAAGAGAACAAUCUACCAACACCAAAUUUACAUACACAAGUGUUAACAACAAGCAUAAUAAAGUGCUUGUGUAGCGUAUUCCGUUUCCACCCAUAUUUAUUAUUUAUUUUGUUCCAUGGAUGGCAUGGAGGUUUCCCCAGCUGCUGCAGUUAUCUGAGUCUGAUGAUGAUGACUCAUGUCAAUGUGCUAAUGCAUGCAGCAAAGCAAAACGCCUGGACUCAUUUAUCCGUUCAAUUGGCUGACAUACUGACAUGUGAUCAGUAGAGAUCGUUAGCUCUGAUUGGAUCAAAUGUGCAUAUUUUCUGAAACAGCAAAAAAAAAAAAAAAAAAGGUUGAAUUGAUGCCACAAAAAAGGGCAACGCAACAUUAAAUGGAUCAAAUUGUUAAGGGCAACUAAAGAGUUGAGGAGGCUUAUUUAUUCUAUUUAGUUUUAUUUGCUCUGAUGGGGAGGUUUAGACAACUUAGUUGUCAAUGUGAACUUUGGACUCAUAUUUGUUCAUUUAUGUUAGGCUACUUAUUCAUUUCAGAGAGUUCCGGCAAGAAAUUCUAGCCACUUUCACCCCUGCUUAUAAUCGAAUAAAGUUUCACAGCAGCUAAUAAUUGUGUUUUAUAAGCAUUAAUAAAAUAUUCUUUCACAGAAACUAAGCCUACAAGCAGGACUGAACGGACCCUCGCAGUUUGGCACAACUCGAAUGUCACGCAGCUCAGGGUGGUGACAGAUCGUCCCCCUCUCAUCAUCUCAUGAGAAACGUGAGCUCGAAACUUGCCUCUUUUUUUUUGUGUGGAGCCUCUUUUGUGUUCUGGGCAUGCGUGACAGAAAUGCUUUUGUAUAUCUUGGGGUGAGAAAUACAUUCAUACACCCAGGUGAAAAAAACCCUAUUGAAGAGUGCUACAAAAAAAGGCGCUACUGAGCUGUGCAGCCACGGCCUAAUUCGAAAUAAAAAUGAAUCUUCUAAUUUGGCUAAUUCGACUAAGUGUGCCAAAAGAAAUAUACUUCCAUUUAAUGGUUAAAAAAAAAAAAAAGGGUUGUCAUUGCAGCAGAGACGUUGACACGGCCCUUAAAAUGUUUUACAAAGGUCUUGUAACUGGACAUGUAUAUGUAUAAGUAAAUGAGUGGCUUUCUGUUGCCAGUAGUUGGCGCUGUAGAGUUGGUGCAAAUAACCCCUACAGGACCCUUCAGGGUACGACUCUCAUCAAGCAUGGGAAGUUUGGUGCAGAUAUGUUGUAUAUCCACCAAGUUAUGACUUCAAAAUUUGUGGAGAGACAAAAUGGUGACAGUCAUUUUCACGUUCUUGUUUGGACCCAUCUGCUUCAAGGAAACCUCAAUAUUUUUCUUCAGGCACCUGAACACAUGCCUUAAGGCUUCCCUGAUGCAGGUUUGAGAUUAUUUGAGUUUUUUUUCCCUUCGAGGAGGGGCCUCUCUUUUAAAAAAAAAAAAAAAAAGGGCAUUUCCUGAUCCCAGCAGGGGGCGCCAGGCCUAAUGGGUAAUAUUUCAAUGCAGUCGUGUUCAGACUGGGAUACAUCAUACAUGCCAGAUGUAAAAAAAGACCAUACUUUGGAUCAGGGAGUUAAUAGUUAUUUACUGAAUUUGGCCUUUUGAAAAAAAUAAUAAAAAAAUAAAAAAGGCCGACUUUGGCGCCCCGCCCAAGUCAGGCCCGUGAAUGAAAACUCACCAUUUUGAUUACUUGAGACAGGUGUGUCAAACCAAUUCUACAAAGGGCCAACCAAGAGGGUCCUGGAUUUCAUUUCAAACAGAUUAACCAAUGAAUUUUCUGCUGAAACAAGCAGCACCUGACUGCAAUCAACAGAUUACACUUUUAGGAGAUCAGAUAGGUGAAAAGAUGACCUCUUUAUGAGUUGGAACGAAAUCUAGGACCCUCUCGGCCCUUUGUGGAAUUAGUUUGACACCCCUGACUUAAGAUCUCAUAUGUCUCAUGAACAGUCUCAUCAAGUUUGAGUAGGAUCCAACUAACUCCUUAUGUGCCAAUGUCUCAGAUCUGCACCCUUGGGUGGCGACAAUGCAAAUGACGGCUUGACGUUACAACGUUGGGUAAAAAACGAAGAAGACACUCGACGCUGACAGUGAGAGUGUCACACAGAUCCGUGGAGGAAAUUGCACGAACACGCACGGUGGAAUUGCACUUUCCGGACAUAAUACAAGCCAAUGAGAACUGUUGCAGUCCUCGGAGGGGGUAUCGGGGGAUUGGCAGCGUCCUACUACCUUUGCAAAAGCCCCCAGGUUUCCAAGGUCGUUUUACUUGAGUCCAGUAGUCGUUUUGGAGGUUGGUUGUGGUCCACUAGGAGGUCUGAUGGAGGCGUGUUUGAACAUGGACCCAGGGGGAUUCGACCUGCCGGGGCAGUGGGACGAAAUACCCUUAAUAUGGUGGAGGACCUGGGUCUAACAGGGGAGAUUCUGCCCGUCACCUACAGUCACCAAGCUUCCAAGAACAGAUAUUUAUAUGUCAACAAACAACUUCAUAAGAUGCCUUCAGGAAUAAGUGGUCUUUUCCGGACAGUGAGCCCGUUCUCCCGCCCUUUGCUGUUUAGUAUUGCCACCGAGAUCUUUGCAAAGAGAAGCAAAAAUGAAGACGAAUCCAUACAUUCGUUUGUGUCUCGAAGGCUUGGAAAACAGCUGGCGGACAUUGCCGUGGACAGUCUGUGUCGGGGGGUGUUUGCGGGGGAUUGCCGCAAGUUGAGCGUGCGCUCUUGUUUCCCCGUCCUCUACAACGCAGAGCAGCACAGAGGUUCCUUGACACUCGGCAUGCUGCUGGGAUCUGGACCUUCCCACGUGGUUCCUCCUGGGCCUCUGAGUCAGAGAUCGAUGAAGGAGUCAUGGGCCCAAUGGUCCCUCAGAGGAGGAUUGGAGGAACUCCCGGAACGCAUCGUUGAGUUUCUCCAAAGGAGCGCGAGGGUAGAGCUACACCGAGACGCGUCUGUCAAACACAUCAGCCCUUUGACUAAAGGUUGGACGAUCCAUCUGGAGGAUGGACUCGUAUCUGCUGACCACAUCAUCUCUGCUCUUCCCGCUAAAGUGCUUUCGUCCACGCUGCCAUCUUCGUGUCAGCCUCUCGUCCGCGAGUUGCGUGACAUCUCCUCUGUCACCGUCGCUGUGGUCAACCUGCAAUAUGAAGGCUCCGUACUCCCAGUGACGGGAUUUGGACACUUGGUUCCAUCAUGGGAGGAACCGGGUUUGCUGGGAGUGGUCUACGACUCGGUCCCCUUCCCUCAACACGACAGACCUAAUGGCGCGUCAACCAGACUAACGGUAAUGAUGGGUGGCGCCUGGUUCCAUCAAGAGUUCGGCUCUCCGGACACCAUAAAAGAGGAGCAGCUUUUGGAGCAAGCCACCGAGGCGGUGCAACGUCACCUGGGAGUGACCUCGGCACCUAGUUGGAGUUGCGUUGCGCUACAUAAGGAUUGUAUACCUCAGUAUUAUGAGGGGCACUUUCGCCGAGUAGAACGCAUGCGCAGCUUUAUCAACAAAAACAACCUUUCGCUUUCUCUAACCGGAUCCUCCUUUGAUGGCGUGGCCGUCAACGAUGUCAUCUUUAGUGCAAGGACAGCUGUAGAGGAGUUGCUGGGAACCGCAGUUUGAUGGAGAUCCAAAUAACAUGACAUUAUUAUUAACAAAAUAGUUUGAAGGGAAAUUUUUUUUUCUGAUAAUGAUGAAACGUAUCUCUGAUACACUUAUGAUUAUGGAUACAGGUUCUGAAGCUGAAUAUUUAAGGUGCUAAGAUUCAGUUACUCCACCCAAAACAAUGCUUAAGGAAACACCCACUUUUUUCAGCAAUUAAUUGAUGAUCAUGUCUAGCUUUUUAGUGCUGCACUAGAUAGUAGGGGAGCGUGGGGUAAGAUCAGCCAAAGGAUAAGCUGAUGCACCCCUUGUAUCUAGGUAACUACACAAACUUUGUCAUGUGAAAAUAAAUUCAGGAAGCACCCAUCAUUUCUGUCUAGCUGCAUUAAAGUGAAGCGCUUGGGAUAAGGGUAAUGGCUUGUUAUACAAAAUUGUCAAAAUCACACAGAUGAAAAUACAGUGUCUGCUUUAACUAAAACCACCCAAACAUUUAUAGGUUUUCAUAUUUUAAUGAGGAUAGCAUGCAAAGACAGAAGGAGGAAAAAUAAGGCCUAAGAAGACUUACAUUUUUUACCAAAACAAUUUAACUCAGGUGUGUGCCCAAUCACGGAUGAGUGGUUUAAAGCUGCCCUGCCCACUAUAAAACACACACCUGGUAAGAAUUGUCUUAAUGAGAAGCAUUGUCUGAUGUGCAUCAUGGCUCGGUCAAAAGAGCUGUCUGAAGACCUGCGAUCAAGGAUUGUUGAAUUGUAGAAAGCUGGGAAAGGAUCUCUCAAAGUUUAGAUAUUCAUCAAUCGACAGUCAGAGAAGUUGUCUACAAAUGGUGGGAAUUUGGCACUGUUGCUUCUCUCCCAGGGAGUGGCCAUCCACCAAAAAUGACGCCAAGAGUUCAGCGCAGAAUACUAAAGUGUCCGCUAAAGACAGAGAAAUCACUGGCACAGUCCAGUAUCUCUGUGCACACAUCAACUAUAUGUAAUACUAUGGACAAGAAUGGUGUUCAUGGGAGGACUCCACAGAGGAAGCCACUGCUGUGUUGCUCGUUUAAUGUUUGCAAAAAGGCACUUGGACACUCCACAGACGUUUUGGCAAAAUAUUGUGGACUGAUGAAACCAAAGUUGAAUUGUUUGGGAGUAACACACAAUGCCAUGUGUGGGGGGAAAAAAUGGAACAGCUCACCAACAUCACCUCAUCCCCACCGUGAAACGUGGAGGGAGCAUCAUGAUUUGUUUUGCUAUCUCAGGGCCUGAGCAACUUGCAGUCAUUAAUGGAAGAAUGAAUCCAAAAGUUUCAGAUGUUUUGCAGGAAAACCUGCGACCGUCUGUCAGACAAUUGAAGCUAAAAAGGAUGGAUGCUGCAACAAGACAAUGAUCCAAAACACAGAAGUAAAUGAACUUCAGAAUGGUUUCAGAAGAACAAAAUACACGUUCUGGAGUGGCCAAGUCAAAGUUCAGACACAAACCCAAUUGAGAUGCUGACUGUGGGAUGACCUAAAGACAGCACAGCGAUUCAUGCCAGACAUCCCCAGGAAUCUGAUUGAACUUCAGCACUUGUAGAGAAGAAUGGGCCAAGAUUAGUCCUGAUCGACGUGCCAGACUGAGCUGCAGCUACAGGAAGCGUGCGGUUGAAGUUAUUGCCGGCAAAGGGGAUCACAAAAUAUUUAAUGUGAUUGUUCACUUACUUACCCCCCCCCCCCCCUUCUGUCAAUGUUUGCAUAUUAUCAUUACAACAAAAACCUUUAAAUUUUUGGGGUGGUUUAAAGCACUGUUUUUUCCAUCUGUGUGGUUUUGACAAAGCUCAGAUCACAUUUGGUGAUUUUAUGCAGAAAUGUGAAAAAUUCAUAAUUUUUUUUGCCGUUGCGAUCGACCUAAUGAGCAGCUCUGAGCUAGAGGAUAACUUUUGUAAUGUCAUUAUUUUGGAAAUACAUUCUCAAAAGAAUAUGUUCAUCAUUCUGUAAUUUUUUGUGUGGGGCAACAUAAAAGUGGUUCAUCUCACCCCACUCUUCUUGACAUGUUCAAUGACAAUGGUCAUACAACAAGAGAAUAAAAAGCCAACUGAUAGCAUUCUAGCAGAGUGCAAAAAUCUGCAGCUCAUCCUGCGUGCGACAUCUUCUGUUGGAAGAUUUUUAAGUAGGUGGGGCCAAGACAGCCGAGAAGACUAAUGAUCUAAUUUCACUAUCAGGCAUUUUCUGUCCCUUUUUGGAAGGAUUUGUACUAAAUAUUUGAAAGUCAUCUGCUGUAGUAUUUCAUAGCACCUUUAAAUGAGCCAGGGAAAUGAUUGUACAAACAAUAUUCUGGAGCCUAUAAAACAAAUGAAUGUAAAAUGUGGAUGAGUGUAUGCAGAGAUGUGUAAAAUGAUUGAGAAUACAAAAGCACCAUGUCCAUCA